GUAAAACGUUCGGCCUUGAUUUUGGUGAAUAUCUCGACAUGUACAGGGAAUGAAACACUUUUGACAAGGACUUUUUGCCAUUUUUUGAGGGAUUUUUCUUAGGGAAGAAAUGAAAACAUAUUAAGACGAACUUAGAAUCCGUAUGAGGAUCAAAUACAAAGAUAAGUCUGAGACUUUUACUGAGGAUCAACUGGAAUGCAAGGAACCCAUUGGCCAAUUCAAGGCCUGGUUCGAUGCUGUAUGUAAAUUACCCACCAUUCAGGAACCUAAUGCUAUGGUUGUGGCAACCGCUACGAGAGAUGGAAUUCCCUCGGCGAGACCAGUUCUUCUGAAAGGUUUCAGCACCGAAGGUUUUAAGUUCUACACAAAUUACAAGAGCCGAAAGGGUCGUGAGUUGGCAGACAAUCCCAAUGCAGCUCUGGUAUUUCAUUGGGAGCCUCUGAGACGAACGGUGCGGAUUGAAGGGAGGGUCGAGAAGACCUCUGAGGAAGACUCGGAUAUCUACUUCUCGUCGAGACCAUUCCCCAGCCAGAUUGGCGCACACGCGAGUAAACAGAGUGCACCAAUUGCCGGACGCGAUACGUUGAUGAUCAAGGAGAGAGAAUUGCUGGCACAGUUCCCAGAGGGCAAAGUACCCAGACCUCCCUGCUGGGGCGGGUUCAUCGUCAUUCCAAAAUCUGUGGAAUUUUGGCAGGGCCAGAGUGAUCGUCUUCAUGACAGAAUUCGCUUUCGUCGACCAGAACCCAACGAAAAAAUUGACAAUAUAUUGGUCCAUCAGGGGGAAAACGGAUGGGUCUUUGAGAGACUCUCUCCUUGACUCUAAUGUUCAUUUAGUGAAUAUUUGUUAUUAGUUAAAUUUAUUUAUUUGUACGGCCCAUAACCAGCAGUCAUUGCUUCAGUCUCGUUAACUUCAGUAUCUCUCGUUGUAGGCCUAAAAAAAUUUACUGGUGUUGGGAAUUAAAGAGUUUAGGGGGGUUAUUGAAGAAUAUCAAAA